UUUGGGGCGGAGUUCCGAAGGUUCUCCUUGGACCGUCAGAAGCCGGGGAAGUUUGAAGACUUCUACAAGCUGGUCGUGCACACGCACCACAUCUCCAACACUGAUGUGACCAUCGGCUAUGCGGACGUGCACGGGGACCUGCUGCCCAUCAACAACGAUGACAACUUCUGCAAGGCGGUCUCGAGUGCAAACCCUCUGCUCCGGGUCUUCAUCCAGAAACGAGAGGAGGCGGAGCACUGCAGCUUCGGGGCCGGCUCGCUGUCCCGCCGGAGGAAGGCACUGGCGCUGCGGGAGGACGGCCCCCGCAGGCGCGCACACCUGCACAUCGGCCUGCCGCACGACUUCCGCCCCGUGUCCUCCAUCAUCGACGUGGACAUCCUGCCCGAGACGCACCGCCGCGUGAGGCUGUACAGGCAUGGCUGCCAGAAGCCCCUGGGCUUCUACAUCCGUGACGGCACGAGCGUGCGCGUCGCCCCGCAGGGGCUGGAGAAGGUGCCCGGCAUCUUCAUCUCGCGCAUGGUGCCGGGCGGUCUGGCCGAGAGCACAGGGCUGCUGGCCGUGGACGACGAGGUCCUGGAGGUGAACGGCAUCGAGGUGGCCGGGAAGACGCUGGACCAGGUCACGGACAUGAUGAUCGCCAACAGCCACAACCUCAUCGUCACGGUCAAGCCGGCCAACCAGAGGAACAACGUGGUGCGCGGUAGCCGCGCUUCGGGCAGCUCGGGCCGCUCCUCGGACAGCGCGGCCAGCCGCCACAGCCUGCCCGCCGCCCCCGCGCUGCUGCACCUGCAGCCCGACGACGCCGACAGCGACGACGAGCCCGACGUGGUGCUCGAGGGCGUCCUGGAGCCGCGGCCGGGGCCCAGGCCGCCGCCGCCACCGGGCAGCCAGGCGCGGGUCAACGGCGCGGGCCCGGCGCACCGGCUGCUCAGCUCCCUGCGCGCAGACCCGCGCCAGAGCCUGGCCCUGCCGCUGCCCCCGGGCGCCGUGGAGGAGCACGGCCCGGCCGUCACGCUGUAGGCCCACGGACGCCCCUGCGAGACGCUUGUCAGGUGGAGUCCGGGCUGAAGAUCAGGACGGGAACGAAGACUUCCCCCCUUUGUUUUGAUUCUCCCACACCCCGUGCUUGACUCGAACUUACGGAUAGAAAAUACAGAUGCUAUUUUUAUAGACUUUCUCCACAGAACAUAAAGUGCACACGCCUGCAGUCCGUGCCCAGCCAGACACACGUCCCGGCACUUCCGUGACCAAGUGCAGAAAAUGUUGCAGUUUCAAGAAUACUUUUAUAAGUGAAGCUUUAAAAGACAGUACAUCGCGUUUUUAAUGUGACUCCUGCAGACGCAGCCAGUUUUCACUGAGCUCUACUGCCUUGCACGCUCCGCUGAUGGGCAGGACGGCACCCGAACCUACAAGACGUAUGACUGUAGGCCAUGAAUUUCAAAUUUCCACAUUGCUGAUAGCUGUAUUUCAGAUAGCCGGGGGGGGGGUUGGACUCCCAAACAUCCCUGGGGAAAAAGAGCUGGCCUGAAUCAGUCAGGGCCUCGCGGGCAGGCGGUCAGAGGGCAAAUGCCGGCUCUGCUGCAUUGGAAGGUGAUGCUCAGCAAUACUUUUGUGACCAAAGCCAAUAUUUACUCUGUCUUUUCCUGUGGACUGAUUGAAUCUGAGGGCAAUUUUUGAAAUAUUAUCAGCAGAAAGGAUGGAUAAGCCUACCACACACCUCCAGCCAGGCCUUUGAAAGCUCAUAUUCAUUUGGAUGUAUAGUUUCUGUUAUCUUUGUUUUUAAAUAACAAGUCACCUGGAACUUGAUUUUUAACACAGAAUGAAUUCAUUGUCACUUCCCCUUGAUCUUCCAGCAAUAUUUAUAUAUUUAGUAAUUUUAAAAGUUUAUUCAUGUUUGAUCCAAUUUUAUAUGAAGUCUAUUUUGCUUGAAUCCAAUAUCGAGGAGAAAAUUACACUUAUACUUGGAGAACUAAACUUUGACCAAAUAAAGCUUUCGUAUAAAUACAGGUAAAAAUAUUUUUCUAGGAUGCCUUUCCUGGGAGAGUACACAGCUGCUUCUCCUGUGGUCCAGCACCCCCUGCUGGUCAGUGGCAAAACUGUCCUGAUUUAUGGCCGCUAACAAAUGGAAAACAGUACCUCAACAUCUUCAUUUUUCCUGAAUUCAUUAAGUGUAAAAGCCAAUUAUUUUUCUUUCUUUUGGAAACUAUUUAUUGGGCAGAAAUAGUUUUUAUUGAGUAGUUAUGGUCUCCUGCACCUAUGUUUGAUUUUGUUAUUUGUACGCCAGCCUCGCUGUUGGUUUUGUUCCUAAGCACAGGGAAGACCAAAGGUGCUCUCCCUUUGAGGUCUGGGGUGAGAGUCCAAAUACACCCAAAUUUAUGGGCUCCAGUGAACUAUAUGAGCAUCUUUUCUGGCACACAAGCAGUCAGAAGUGUUUUGUUUUGUUUUGUUUUUUACUACAAUAAGUAUUAUAGAACCAAAACUCUAAUGCUAGUUACUAUCACAAAUGAAAUGUUCUUUUACUAAGUUAUUGCUGGUUAUUGAAUAUCUUGUUGAGUAACUGGAUCUGUUACCAAGAAGGAAAGUUAUAUUUCUUACCAUGUUUAAGUUAAGCAAAUGUGAAUAAUUUUUUAGUCAAAAGGAAAAAAAGCCUCCUCUGAAACUUCUAUGCUGUUGUUCAUAAUUUUAGGAAUUCUGAAUUUCUUGGAACAGCUGCUUGAGUGUAUUUUUGUACCCAUAUCUUUACUUCUGCCAUUUUCUCCCUAAACAAAAAAAAACUAUGUUGUAUUACACAUUAAAGUUUUCUUGGUUUUAUAUAUCAAAGAAUAAAAACUUUUUCUUUGCAUU